AUGCACGACCGAUACUCGGCCGUGGCGUCGUCAGCGAUUGUCGUCGACCCGGAGGCCUGCCUGACCCAUUAUUACAUGAAAGCAUUUUUCCAAAUCGUCGUUCCGCGUUCCGGCAACAUGACUUUCAUCUACUGCACUCACGACGCAGAGCUCUACGCCGACUACGCCGCCAACGGCUUCUGCAACAUGACAACCCACACGCCCGCCGAUGUCUUCAGCAGUCCGGCCUGGUACGACUGCCCUGGCUAUAAUCCCGACGCGGCAAUAUUCAGCAAGGCCGUAUUGUUGCUGAUGGCCUGGAUUGCGCUGCCAUGCAUCGCCGGGUUGGGCUUCUUGCUCGGCGCCGGCUUCGUGGCGUGGAAGAUGAGAAUGGACACGUUGGCCAACACCAGGUUAUAUCCAGUGGGCGGUCUUCAAAGAACAAUGCUUGUUUUCGGCAUGGGUCUGGCCGGGGCCUUGUUUUCGCUCCCCUGGAUGCUGCAGUGGCUUGGGAGCGUCACCUGGUUGGGCACUGCCCUCUUUUUCAAGGGUAUUUUUGGUCUCAAUAUGUUUUGCAAUCUUACUGUCGGCGUUUUUGAUUUUUGGAAGCCAUUCAAGUCGUUUGGGCGCAAAAUCAGGGCUGGCAUGGGCGGACAAGAGCACGUUAGUGGCUUUGACGAGAAGAGGAGGCAGGGGGUCGAUCCUCGCGUCUGGGAGGAAGAGUUCUUGGGCAAGACAAUGGAACCAUACAAGCCCACCGAGAUUCUAAUUAUUGAAGACUUGGAGGACGAAAAAAGGAUAAUAACGAGAUCGAAUACUUUUUGA